AUGAGUACUCAUUCUCAAUCCCCUGAACCAUCUGCCCCACUUUCCAGUCAAACCAAGCACCAUGGGUCCGGGAGGCAUUGGACCGAUGAAGAAAGUGCUCUGUUGGAAAAACAUCGGGAGGAGUACAGAGACGCCAACGACGCUGCUCGUGCUGAGAUAUUUUCUCGAGUUUUGCAAGACAUGCUCGACAUACUCCCCAAUGGAAAAUCGUUCAAGAAGGAAGAAAGAUCAGCUGUUAAAAAAGAUAUUAAAGAGUGGUUUGCCCGGUACAGUCGUAAGAGAAGUCAGAAAAUGCCGAGGAUGGGAAAGUCGUGGCACGCCCGGUGUGUGUUCCAGCAUGAGAACAAGGACGCCAUCGAUACUGAAGCGAAAAGGCUUUGUGCCGAAGCCAUUGAAGAGGGACAAAAGAGGCCUAAAGGGGGAGAUCCCACUCAUUUUUAUUUUCGGGAGCGGGUCGUGACUCAAAUGAUGGGAAAACUGAAGAAAAGGGAGAAAGACGUACUGCAGAGGACGGCCGAGGAGUACAACAAGAAGGGAGUUGACCCAGAACUCAAGUCCAAACUGGCUGUAAAGAACUGCACGGCUCGGAUGCAUGCAUUUUCCAAGGAACUUUAUGACACAAUGGGUGUCUGGGUCUUUAUCUUAGGAUGUUAUCUGAAGCCCAAUGGUAAUUUGGACGUCUCGACGUACGACUUCAAUCAAGAACUCGGCAAUGGGAAAGACUUUAUUGAUAACCAUAGCUGGACUUUCCAUGAGGAAGGAAUAUCGGUAUCUUCUUGGAGAGCACACAAUGAAGAAUACUAUGGGUUGGAGGAUCUUGCUUUGGCCGAAGGAGGACACCGAUCCCGGGGUGCUAUGACUUUGGAGAAGAACCUAUACCUGGAACCUAUUCUACCCAAUCCAUCGAAACCACCACUUAAAACUUCCUGCCCUGUAUCACUAAACAUUUGUCUACUUAGAUCUUGCAGCUGGGCAGAGUAA